AUGGCUGCAGAGCUGCUGAAUAGCUUAUUGGCAUUCCAGCCUGAUGCGCCUGAGGUCAAAGACAGGCGCGAGUAUGACAGGCAUGCUCGUGAAUUCAUCGACACCCUCCACAAGUGCUCACAGUCCCUCUUUCUCAAGGGCGCAGACACCCCGCAAGACGUGCUGAACGUACUGGAUCCGGCCGUCAACUCGAUAGCGUAUGCCUUCACCCUUCGGAACCGCAUCCAGCACGCAAUUGAUAAAAACAAUACACAAACAUUGAAGCCUGGUAAUGCGUUGUGGAAUAAACUGGUGCAAUUUCUGGAGUCAUUCGAUCCCAUACAGAUGCGCUAUGCUGGUGUCGAGUAUAAGAAAUUGGUGGAAUACGUGGAACUGAUUGCGCGGGGUGUAAACACACCUGCGAUAGCAGUGUCACCCAUACGCUCCGCUAUGUUGCGCCUCGAUCCAACUACCGGAUGCUUUACCACUACACAUUUGAAUUUUAUAAGGCUAUGUUUAGAGGGCCGAGCAUACGCUGCUGCGCUACCCAUCCUUGACAAUUACAUUCACAGCUUCCCAACCAAUAUCCAAAAUUCCAUACGGGAGAGCUCGGAAUACGUUGUGCCAUGUGCAGAUUCAGUCACGAGCGGGGAAUUCAUCCACACUAAAUCCGGGCACUCGGAUAAGGUCACCUUGGCUGAGAUUCAAGAGUACUAUGUCCUGGGUGCCAUAGCCUACAUAGGAGCGCGACAGUUCAAAAAUGCACACCAGAUUCUUGAACACGUACUCGUGAUUCCUGCGGCGGGCGUAGCAAACGGAUUGAUGCUAGAGGCAUAUAAGAAAUGGGUGCUCGUGGACUGCCUGGUCAACCACACAUCGGUAGGUAAUUCUUCGAGGUUUAUCGUGCGAAGAAACUACUGGUUAUUGUCCAGCAUCUUUACUUUUGCGAGCGUGGCUUCCAGGCAAGUACCACGCACGGCGAAUCCCAGCUCAAUCAAGCAAAUUCGCGCAGCAGCUAAAGCAUAUGACGCACUGGCCGAUGCUUCUUCAGACUUCAACAAUCUUCCUAAACUGAAGUCUCAAGUGGCCGCGGGUCGAGAUAUUUGGGCUGAAGUGAGUGAUUUGUGUCUUUUUGGGAGCAGGUCUGAAUUGGCUUUGUGA